AUGGCGGAUAAUGGGACGGCCACACAGGCCGACCUCAACGUCGACCGCGGACGUAUGGGGAAUGGUGGCGAGAAUGAGAAUGGCUCAUACUUUCCUGCCUCCCACCCGCCUCAAGCCCUACGGGAGGCUCUGCGGGCGACAAAUGGCGGCAGCCGCUCAAGAGCGUCGUCAGAGAGCACCAGCGAGGAGGACUGGGACGAGAUGUCGCAGCAGCCCGUGGUUGUGGUCCGCCGGCAGCGGACGGCAUCGGGGCUGAAGCAGCCCAGCAGACUGCGGGAAAACGCAAGUGCGGUAGAAAAUUCAUCGUCGUCGAGAUCUUCGGAAAACGGGAGCUUUGAGGAUUUGACGCCGUUGAAGACCCAGGGACUGAAGAACGCCAAGGUGUACACCAUCGCGGCAGACGAUAAGGAGCUCAAAGAGAUACUGCGGCGGGGGAUGCAGCGCGACGACGGCAAGAAGCACAAGGGCCAAUUUAGGGAUUUCGUCUUUACGCGCAACUUCUCGACAUUUGACCGGCAGAAUGAGGUUGCUGCCAACAGUCCCUUUCAUGGAUUCUACACUCUCUUCUGGAUCGCCGUGUUCUUGUUCAUGGUAAAGAUCGGGGCAGAGAACUGGAAGAGAACAGGCAGCGCCCUUGGAACCAAUGAGAUUAUGAAGAGCAUGUUCAGAAGAGAUGUCAUCGUUUUGUUGGCUUCGGACGGUGUCAUGUGCGGAGUUACAGGCGUCAGCUGGCUGCUCCAGAAGCUCAUUUACAAGGGCUACAUCGACUGGGAUAGGUCCGGCUGGAUCCUCCAGAAUGUCUGGCAGUCGACAUUUAUUGCUGCGGUGCUGUACUGGCCGUUCGUUCGGGACUGGCCGUGGUCCCAUACCGUCUUUUUCACCUUGCACGGUCUCAUCAUGCUCAUGAAGCAACACUCGUACGCCUUCUACAACGGGUACCUAUUUUCAGCGUACAAGAAGCGCAUCCAUCUGCUUUCUGAGCUGAAGAAGCUGGACGACAUCGUACCAGUCCAGUCACCAUCCACAACUUACCCACCGGCGUCGGCUCUGUCGACUUCUCACCUCCUCCAUCCCCCGUCCGCGCUCGAACUCAAGGAGAGGCGGCAAUCGAUCCAUAACGCAGCAGCAGUGGCGAACACUGAUGUUGCUAAAAUUGCCGUGGCUAUCAAAUCUGGCGAGCCCCUUGACGAGGAGCAGGUACACGUCUUUGAACGAAUCAUCAAGUGGGAAGCCGACGCGCUUACUGAGGAGCUCAAGGGCAAAUCCACCGAUUCGAAGAACGCGUAUCCUAACAAUCUAACAUUUACCAAUCAUUACGAGUACAUUGUACUUCCGACGCUUGUCUAUGAGCUAGAGUACCCACGAUCGGAUACCAUCAAUUGGCUCUAUGUUGCGGAGAAGGCAGCCGCGACUUUCGGGCUCAUCUUCGUGAUGAUCAUGGUAUCGCAGGCUUUCAUCUACCCCGUUGUGAUAAGGACGGUGGACAUGAAGGAGUCUGGCAUGACUUUGGCUGCUCGCUUCCGCGAGUUUCCGUGGAUGCUGUCGGACCUUAUCUUUCCAUUCAUGAUGGAGUAUCUCCUGACGUGGUACCUGAUAUGGGAGGCUGUGCUCAACCUCCUCGCGGAGCUGACCUACUUCGCCGACCGCUCUUUUUACGACGACUGGUGGAACUCCACAAGAUGGGACUAUUUCGCGAGGGCAUGGAACCGCCCGGUCCAUAACUUUUUGCUGCGACAUGUCUAUCACUCGUCGAUUUCGGCGUUGAAGGUCAACAAGUAUCAGGCGACGCUCAUCACCUUCUUCCUGAGCGCCUGCGUGCAUGAGCUGGUGAUGUGGUGCAUCUUCAGAAAGUUGCGCGGGUAUCUGUUGAUGCUCCAGAUGUUCCAGCUUCCAGUAAGUUUUCUCUCAAGUCUCAAAUGCGUUAGAAACAUGCUGAUGGCAAUCUGCAGCUCGUGA